UUCUUAUUCAUUUUUAUUUAAAAAAAAAUUGCCUUUGAUUCGUUAGAAUUUGUAAACGUAUAAGUCAUCAAACUUAUGACUAAUGUUUCUGGAUGUUUCUAAUCUCAUAUCUGUUUGGUAUAUACCGGUAGAUCUCAACCAAUAAGAGUACCGCUAGGUAGGUUACGAAGGAUAGCAUAUAUAUAUAUAUAAUACCGCACCAGUUUCUGUCAACUACAAUUUGCCGGCCAGUAUUCAGCAGUUAGUUUUGUAUUUAACGUCGUCUAACAAAAAAAUUAACUCAAGAUGCCCCAUUACAAACUAACUUAUUUCCCAGGUAAAGGUUUGGCAGAGGCAAUCCGCUUUCUCUUCAGCUAUGGUGGAGUUGAAUUUGAGGACUACCGCUUUAACACAGAAGACUGGCCAAAACUAAAGCCUGAGAUGCCAUUUGGCGUAGUUCCUGUAUUGGAAGUUGAUGGAAAGGAAGUGUGCCAAUCUGUAGCUAUAUGCCGUUACUUGGCUAAACAGUUUGGUGUGGCUGGUAAGAAUGAUUGGGAAGCCCUUGAAAUUGAUUCUACUGUUGACACCAUUCAUGAUCUUCGCCUAAAGAUUGGUGCUUUCUUUUAUGAGACCAAUGAGCAAGUCAAGGCUGAGAAAAAGAAGGCUGCCCAAGAGUUGGUGCCAUUCUACUUGGAACGUUUAGACGCUCAGGUGAAGAAAAACGGUGGUUACUUCGUGGGUGGUGCUUUAACCUGGGCUGACUUUGCUUUCGUCGCUCUGCUCGACUACCUGAACUACAUGAUGGGAUCCAACAUCAUCGAGAAAUACGAGAAUUUGACACAAUUAAAGAAGAAGGUUCUCGCUAUACCCCAAAUUAAGAGCUGGGUCGAGAAUUGUCCCAAAGCCGACUUUUAUCCAAAAUUGCUCUCAGUUAAAUUUUUGUGUAAGUGUCAACUUAUUCAACAAUUUUAUACAAACACUUCAAGUAAAAUGUCCAACUAUAAGUUAACAUACUUCAAUCUCAGCGGGCUCGGUGAACCAAUCAGGUUCAUUUUGCACCAAAGUGGCAUCAAAUUCGAAGACAAGAGACUGACCUUCGAAGAAUGGCCCGAACUUAAAUCUCAGAUGCCAUUGGGUCAGGUGCCCGUUUUGGAAAUCGACGGCAAACCUUACCAUCAAUCGAAAGCCAUCUGUCGUUUCCUUGCAAGGAAGAACAACUUAAGCGGUUCCAACGAACAGGAAUCAUACGAAAUCGACGCUACCGUUGACACAAUCGAUGACUUGAGAGUUGCAUUUUCACAAUAUUACUGGGAGAAGGACCCCGCUGCCAAGGGUAGGUUGAAGGAGGCACUUGAAACCAAACGACCCACCAUUCUUCAGAAACUCGAAGCACAGGUGAAGAAGAAUGGAGGAUACUUCGUUGGCGGAAAGCUUUCCUGGGCUGAUCUUCUGUACUCCGCCACAUCAGAAAUGUUGUCCGCCAUCAACGAGUCCGACGUGAACAAGGAUUACCCAGAGCUGAAGAAGUUGGUGGAUAAAGUAAGAUCGUUGCCGAAGAUCAAGGCUUAUCUGGACCAACGCCCAAAAGGCCUGUUCUAGACGUGACGAGGAUAAGAUCUCUACUGUCUUAUCAUUUCAAAUGAUUUGUUUUUUAUUUCAUAUUUCAUGCUCGAUACCGAAUGGUCAAUAAUCAUUCUUAUUUUAGAGAAUUGUAAUUAAUUUUAAAAGUAUUCCUAAUUUGCACACUUUGUUAUGUACAUUCGACAAAUAAAUAUUUUAUCGAAUACAUUUUAUAUUUUGUAUUUGAGGAGGGAAAACAUGUUGGGGGAUUGUGAUUGAUUGAUUGGUUCUUUGAUAGGAAAGGGGAUGUAACUGUGCGGUUGAAUUAUGAUUAAUUAUGUUGUUUGAUACGA